CUUUCAAUGUUUUGUCUGAUUGAAAAUAAUAAAUUAUUAAUUUUAGGAUAAUUAAAUGAUCUUAGGAGUAUUAUUAUUAUAAAAAUGGGAAACGCUGACACUAAACUGAAUUUUCGUAAGGCUGUCGUUCAGCUAACAUCAAAGAGUCAACCUAUAGAUGCAUCUGAUGAUCAUUUUUGGGAUCAGUUUUGGUCGGAGAGUGUGACCAAUGUUCAAGACGUAUUUGCACUCGUCCCUGGGGCGGAAAUCCGUGCUUUACGGGAGGAGUCUCCAAAUAACUUAGCUACGUUAGUUUAUAAAGCUGUUGAGAAAAUGGUUAAGAUUGUUGACAAUAGCUGUCGAACACAACAAGAUCAGCAAACUGCUCUCAACUGUGCACGGCUGCUAACCCGGGUACUUCCAUAUAUGUUGGAGGAGACGGAGUGGCAUAGUUUUUUUUGGUCUUCAUUACCGGCUGCCACGGAAAAUGAUUCUGUACCUCUGGCACAGUCCCUUAUUAAUGCUAUUUGUGAUCUACUCUUUUGUCCUGACUUCACAGUUGUUAGUACAAAGAGAUCUGGACCAGAACGGGCAGAAGAGUUGUCUUCUCUGGACAGCUGUGAGUAUAUCUGGGCUGGUGGCGUGGGGUUCGCUCGCAGUCCUGCCCGCUGCGCGCAGCACGAGGCAGCACGCACGGAGCUCCUCCGGCUGCUGAUGACCUGCUUCAGUGAGACCAUCUACAAGCCCACGCAGCAGGCUGCCACCCACAACAACAAGUGGAUCGCGUACCUAACCAGUCCGGACAACCGCCACGCCCUGCCGCUCUUCACGUCACUGCUCAACACGGUGUGCUCCUACGACCCGGUCGGCCUGGGGCUGCCCUACAACCAUCUCCUGUUUGCUGACACUCUUGAGCCACUCGUCGAGGUCGCGCUGCAGGUGCUAAUAGUGACAUUGGACCACGAUACCAGCAACGUAGUCAACGAAGAGUCUGAUGAAAGUCUCCCGGACAAUCUGUUCAUCAACUACCUGUCCCGCAUCCACCGCGACGAGGACUUCUCCCUGGCGCUGCGCGGCGUCACCCGCCUGCUCAACAACCCGCUGCAGCAGACCUACCUGCCCAACUCCAGCAAGAAGGUGGCGCUGCACCAGGAGCUGCUGGUGCUGUUCUGGAAGAUGUGCGACUAUAAUAAGAAGUUCAUGUACUACGUGUUGAAGAGUAGCGACGUGCUGGAAGUUCUGGUGCCCAUACUGUACCACCUCAACGACUCCAGGGCCGACCAGUCUCGUGUAGGCCUGAUGCACAUUGGCGUGUUUAUUCUGCUGCUACUGUCGGGUGAGCGCAACUUCGGCGUCCGUCUGAACAAGCCCUACACGGCCACGGUGCCCAUGGACAUCCCUGUGUUCACGGGCACCCACGCCGACCUGCUGGUGCUGGUGUUCCACAAGAUCAUCACCACGGGCCACCAGAGGCUGCAGCCGCUGUUCGACUGUCUACUCACCAUACUUGUCAACGUGUCUCCAUACUUGAAGACGCUGUCAAUGGUGGCGUCGACUAAGCUGCUGCACCUACUCGAGGCUUUCAGUACACCCUGGUUCCUAUUCUCGCAGCCACAGAACCAUCACCUCGUGUUCUUCCUGCUGGAGAUGUUCAACAACAUGAUACAGUAUCAGUUCGAUGGUAACUCGAACCUGGUGUACACCAUAAUCCGCAAGCGGGCCGUGUUCCACAACCUGGCUAAUCUGCCCCAGGAGCGCAGCGCCAUCGCCCGCUCGCUAGCUGCCAACUCCAAACAGACCACCGAGACGUUGCCCAGAACUCGCAGCGCCGAGUCAGUAGCGGAGGCCGCGAUGGAAGGCUCCCGACCGGCGCAGCCCGCUGAGCCCGGGACUCUCAAUCCUACCCUGCCGGAGACACCAGCUAUCGGCGCCAUGACGGAGCGCGAGUCUGCGCACGCGGGCACCACCACACAGCUGCUGGAGGACGCGCGACGCGACGGAGAUGGUGCCGACACCGCCGCUCCAGAGAGUUUGGCAGCGUGCGAGGAAAGGGUGGAGCUGAGCGGCGGAGGAGGUGGCUGGGCACCCAGCAGCGAGUGGGUGGCGCGGUGGCGAGGCCGCCUGCCGCUGCAGACCAUCAUGCGGCUGCUGCAGGUGCUGGUGCCGCAGGUGGAGAAGAUAUGCAUCGACAAAGGCCUGACCGACGAGUCGGAGAUCCUGCGGUUCCUACAGCACGGCACUCUGGUCGGUCUACUUCCGGUUCCGCACCCGAUCUUAAUCCGCAAGUACCAGCCCAACGCGGGCACGGCGGCCUGGUUCCGCACCUACAUGUGGGGCGUCAUCUACAUACGUAACGUUGAUCCGCCGAUAUGGUACGACACAGAUGUAAAACUGUUCGAGAUACAGCGCGUGUGACCGGACCCACAUUAGAUAUAUAAUAAUAUGGCCCUUAGAUUGUUAGAACAAUUGUAUAAAAUAUGUACUGGCGUACGCGACUCUUGUUAUAUCUCUUGGACCGAUCUCGCCUUCCCACUCUUAUGAAUGUCUAUAUAUAUAUAUGUAAACUAUUUUGAAAUGGCAACAUUACAAACAUGACAGUUUCAAUGUUGGUGUUCUUUAUUAGACUAGUUAAAUUAUUUUAUUGUGAAGUUACAUUGAUGUACAGUCAGCGUCAAAAAAUAGCGUCACCCAUUGUAUUCAAAAACAUGUCAAAACCCAUCGUUACCAUAUACAACGAUUCACCGAAACGAACGUGACCAAAACGAUGGCGUCAUCCAUAGUAGUCAAAUGUAUCUAUAAUUUGACGACUCAUAUAAUAAUAAUAAUAUUGACAAACUUUUCACGCAAAUUAUCUUGCCCCAAGUUAAGCAUAUAUAGCCUGUGUUAUGGGUUACAAGACAAUGAUAUAUUUAAUACAAUAUACUUACUUAAACAUACAUAAAUACAUUUAAACAUCCAUGACUCGAAUAUAGCCGAAUGAUUAGUGACCCUGAGUACUAAGCUAGAGGUCCCGGGUUCGAAUUCCGGUAGGUGCAAUCAUUUAUAUGAUGAAUAUAGAUGUUUGUUUCCGAGUCAUGGAUGUUUAUAUGGAUUUUUAAGUAAGUAUAUUGUAUUAAAUAUAUCAUUGUCUUGCACCCAUAGUACAGGCUAUGCCUAGUUUGGGGCAAGAUAAUUUUUGUAAAAGUUUGUCAAUAUUAUUAUAUUGGGACACCAUAAAAGUCAUAAACAUAGCUACAUUCAAAGCACCAAAUAUAUCGCUACACACAAAAUGUUCAAAAAUAUGGGUAUAUUUGUGGAAUAUAAAGUUUCCGUGAAAGGUUAUGGGAUUCCAAUAAGAUUUUUUUUUUAAUUUAAGAGAUUCAAAUUAGAUUGUCGAUAAACUUUAACUUCAGUUGACAUAUUAAUAUCAACAUUGACUAUAAACAUGCAUAGACGCAGCUCUGUACCAUUACUCUCGUUUUAGAAGUUAUAAUGCAAUCCAUAUUCAAUUGUUUUUUUUCUAAUAUUUAACCUUCAUGGUUGCUAUCACAAUCUUAAUGUACCUGUAAUUUUUAAUUACUGUUGAAUGUGGGAAAGUUACUGAUCACUCAGUACUCGUAACUACUUUGGAUGUCGCUAUCUAUUUGGUCACUUUCGGUGAAUCGAUGUAUUUGGUAACGAUGGGUGUUGCCAUGUUUUUUAAUACAAUGGGAGACGGUAUGUUUUUGACGCUGACUGUACAAUAAACAGCUAGUAUCACAAUCGCGUAUAAAAAGGUCAUCAAAAAUGUUCGAGCGGCGUUGUUUAAACGGAAACAUUCAUAGGCGAUAAUGUUCAAAAUAUUGAUACGAAAACUCUGCGUAAUAGACGCGUAGGCAGAGUUUUCCUUGAGACAAUUUUUGAGCGUGUUUGUGAGUCUUAGUUGUUUAUUGUGCGUCAGUGUGAAGAUAGGUUAAUUUUUGUUUUAAAUUUAUAGAAUUUAUGUUAUUUAAGUAUACAAAGUGGCGACAUUAAAUGAACACACGGGUAGAGCUACUUAAAAUUAAGCAUAAAAAAAUAAAUUUGGAAAUAAAAAUACAUAAUUGAUCUAAAUAAAUAAAAUUUUCAUAUCAUUUCGGCACACCUGUAAGUAAUCUAGUGGCCGCGAGCUAACGUUGGCACUGACACCUACUUCUUCCACGCCGCGCCGAAGCCGUCAGAACUCGUAGGUGAAUAGUGCCCAUGUAUGGAUGAUUAAAAUUUUGUUUUUUAAAUGUAUAUAAGUUCUUUGUUUGAAAAUUUCAAUUAUAAUUUUUUAUUUCUAGAAAUAUUUUUAUAGUUAUAGUUCUUCGGACAGACAAAGGGUUCAUGCCCAUACAGCCGUAUUCAUUAUUUAAUUAUUAAUUAUCAAAGCCAUCUUUGCCAGAUUUUAACAAAAUUGUUCUUUCUAAAAACGUAGAAUAACACGAAGAAUAUAUAAUUUUAAUGAUUUUUGCUUCGUUAGUCCAAAGAAGUAUAACUUCGUGCGUGCAUACAUAAAGUAACAUACAUACAUACAUACAUACAUAAAAUCACGCCUCUUUCCCGUAGGGGUAGGCAGAGACCACUUCUUUCCACUUGCUACGAUCCUUACAUACUUCUUUCGCUUCGUCCACUUUCAUUAGUCCUUUCAUACAUGCUCUCCGGUUUAGGGUACUCUUGACCUGGCCUUUUUUCAAGACGUACCUGAUUUGAUCUUGAAACGUCCGCCUAGGUCUACCCCUUCCAACACUUUCAUUCACACUGGCCUUAUACACUUUCUUCGUCAAUCGUUCUUCAUUCAUUCUCUCGACAUGUCCAAACCAUCUCAGCAUACCUUUCUCAAUUUUUGUCACAGCAUCUUCUUUCAGACCACAAUGUUUUCUUAUCUCACUAUUUCUUAUCCUGUCACUCAGUGUAACUCCUAUCAUACUUCUCAACGCUCUCAUCUCAACUGCAUUUAUUCUGCUUUCAUGUUUCUUCUGCCAUACCCAACUUUCACUUCCGUACAUGAGUGUUGGAACCAACACCCCCUCAUGCACAGCCAAGCGAGCCUUAUUAGACAACUUCUGACUGUUCAUAAAGGAGUGCAAAGCUCCAUUCACCAUGUUUCCAGCAUUCACUCUUCUUUCAAAAUCACUCUCAUAAUUUCCAUCUCUUGUAAAUUUAGAACCCAGAUACACAAACUCAUUCACCUGUUCAAUUUUUUCAUCUCCAAUCACGAUAUUGCAGUCUGUCACUACCUCAUCUCUUUCAAGCAUCAUCACUUUCGUCUUCUUUACAUUCAUCUUCAUUCCCUUUCUACCAAAAGCUCCAUUCAUAGCAGUUACCAUCUCUUGCAACUCCUCGGCUGAAGAUGCAAGUAAUACUUGGUCAUCAGCAUAGAGAAAACAUUUAACGAGUAACUCAUUCAUUCUCAAACCACUGUCAUUCUCUUUUAAACCUGUCAAGCAAUUGUUCAUGAACAGAUUAAACAGCCACGGUGACGCUACACAUCCCUGUCUAACACCUUUUUCGAUAUUAAACCAUUCAGUGUAUGCCCCGUUUAUCCUUACACAAGCACUAGAAUCUCUAUAAAGAGAUUGCAAUGCUCGUAUGAGGACACUGCUCACACCGCUCGUGGACAAUGCUGACCACAAUUCAUUCCUCGUCACUCUAUCAUAGGCCUUUUCUAGAUCCACGAACGCGCAAUAGACCUUUUUGUUUUUAGCCAAAAACUUUUCGGCUAUGCACCGCAAGGAAAAGACUUGAUCCGUACAUCCCAUUCCCUUUCUAAAUCCCCCUUGUGCAUCCCAUACUUUUUCGUCAUAAAGUAACACACACACUUUUUUAUGAUUAGGGUUAAGUAGUUCUACCCGUGUUUUCAUUUAAUGUCGCCACGUUGUAUUUUAUAUUCAUUCAUAUCCGCAGAAUAUAUUUUGUCCAUGUAUUGCAUAAAAACAAAUCUCUAUAUACCGUCAUGACCCUACAUAAUGAUUAUUGGCAGUAAAACCUUUCAAAUGAACUAGUACUAAAUCAAAAGUUACCGGUUCUGCGGUGUGGUAGACAUCUUGUUGCAUUUAUAACACUAUUUUAGUACGCAUAAUUGUUAAUUAUUUACCAAUGUAAAAUUGCGUUAUUAUAAUAUUUACUUAAAUAUACGUACCUACAAUAAAAUAUUAUUUUGCUUUCACAAUUGUGAUAAAAAUCGUUUAGAAAGUAAUAAUUCUUAUGAAUCGAAUAAAUUUCUAUGUUAAGCUUCACUAGUCAUUAAAACUUUAAAAAACAUUUUUUUUAUCAUUCUUAUGUGAUCGAAUCAAUUAUUUAUUUACAGUUACCUUUACAAUUUUAUAUAGUUUUUCCCAAUUUCAGUUACCGAUAAGUAGGAUAUUUUUCAUUCUAAAAGGUUAGAUACAUUCCAUGAAUUGAAUACUUACAAAUUUGUGUGCAAGCUAAUGUUUUAAUCAUUUUAAAAUUAAAGCUUCAUAUUAUAAUAGAAUACGUAGAUUCGUUAGGAAUAUUUUCAUUAAUUUUUUAACUUGGAAGUGUGUUUUGAUUAAAUUAAAUGUAUGUAAAAACCUAUCAAAAUUCCGAAAUUGCUUUACUUUUAACUAUAAUGACUGAGUUUUUAAAGUAAAUCUGUUUGGAAAAGAAACACAUGUUUAAUUUGCAUGGCGGCCAUUUUGAAAUACACCAUCUUGUUUAUUAUUUAUUAGUUGUUGUUAAAGCGGAAACAGAUAAUAUUAAACUCUGUGAAAAUUAGCUUUCGGCUGCGGUUUACGAAGUACAGCCGCACACAGACUGAUAGACAACCCAGUCUUAGUUAUUACUAUUGAGUCUGGGUACGGAAUCCUACAAAAAUACUUUUUUUGUAUUCAUUUUUAUUAGAUACUUAUUUAUUAUGCAAUAGUUGUUUGAAAACUUGGCGUUUAUUUUCGGAACUCAAUACCUACCUAUCUAUUCUACCAUUUGUUUUAUUAUUUGUAGUUUAGUUUAUUAGCAUUUAAUACUUGUAUACUUUGCUUCCAAUCAUACCAAAUGUAUGCAUUUUAGAUAAUAUUAGGAUUGAUCAUAAUUAGAAUGUAUGUUUCCUGUAUAAUAAAUCUAUUUAUUUUAAUAUUAGCAAUGUACUUAAUGUUCGUGAAAAUAUAUGGAAGUAUGAGCUUCGUUCUGUUUUUUAUUACAAUAUUUCAUGUCUUCUGAUUUCGGAGUAAUACACAGUACAUAUUAGCUAUUAUUAAGCUUAAACACUCAAGUGAGGUAUAAGAUAAUUUAAAAUGUUAUAAAUAUGACUCUAGUGUAGAAAAUCGGCUAAUUCUACAAAAACCCUCCGACAAGUGUUUCACACUCGUUCUAGCGUUUGGCGAGUAAAUAGCUAUUCUACUCGUAAAACUUUUUUAAGAACUCUAUAUGAGUUUUCUCACCUUUGUCAAAGAAUAUAUAAAAUAAAGUAUGUAAGCAAG